GAUCACAAUAUGAGUGACUUCACAUAGUAGUCUUAGUUGGAGUGGAAAUAGUGGCUCACAUUAGUCAAUAUUGUAUAGAACGGUCGUUGCCGCCCAGACGACGAUUUAUUCAAACAAACUUUCACACAGACAAUCAUGAAAAAAUGCCAACAAGUUCCGAAUUAGUCGUCCGUUCACGGAGUCUUCGUGCCUGGGCUCUAGGAAGCAGUUUUACGAGCACUACAGCUAGGGCGGGAAAACGAGGCGAAAACAGUGACAGUUUUUGGAGAUUGCCGGAUUUACUGAUGCUCAACUACCGAAGGUUAUAAUGACAACCAAGAGGUUUAUAUACGUAUGUCUGGCAACAAUAGUGACUGGUUCUAUGUUAUGGUUUCUAUGGAUAAAUCAAAUCACUUCAGUGAACAACAACAGAAAACGCAUUGAGGUCAAGACAGCCCCUCCUACUACAACAAGUAGGGUCGGCAUCGGGCACGAUGACUUGCCGGAGUCCAUAGAUUUAACGCUGGAGAUAAGGUAUGCAGUUGUGCGACAGAGAAAUUACAGGAGAACAACUGGCAAGCGAUUUGUGUAUCUCAUUAUGGGUCCAACCAAAAGGGUUAUCAAAGGAUUAGAAGAAACCAAGGAACGGGACGUUAUUUGGAUGACAUUUGCAGAUAAGUCAGGUGAUAUUUACGCCCCGGGGACAUCCAUCCAUUCCGGUAGAAAUGUGCUUCUUCAGCACGCGGUCACCUUAGCGGCCCAAAUGAAAGAUGGCGGUUAUAGUUACUAUAUAAUAAUGGACGAUGACUUGGAGCUUUCGGUUAGGUCGGAUGGGCAGGUCAAUUGGAAAGUUUGGUCCAAGAUGGCAUCGGACCCUUAUCAGAGGUUCGAGGAGUUUCUUAUGUAUUACCAACCUGCUGUGGGUUAUGUACGUUACCAAGAUAUGAGACAGUUUGUCAAUAAAAAACUACCCGUAAACUUGAACUGGGAUUUCGACGAGUGUUUUAGUGCUUUUCACAAGGAUACACUAUCAUUUUUGUUACCGUAUGAUUUGCACCUAGACUAUGAAUCUUGGUGGUAUGGCGGCUGGAUUACUCGUCAGUUGAUCUCCAUGCUAUAUCACAGCUAUCGCAUGCAGUGCAACUCGCUGCAUGUUACAAAUUCUUUAUCAAAUAGACCUGUUUCAAAGGACAGAUAUAAGAAAUAUUUGGAUUUUGAAAAGCCGCGGGAUUACAUCUCAUCUGCCUUGCUGACGAAAACCAAGACCAGCCCAUCCAAGCCAAACAUAUUAAUCAAGACUCUAUUGAAAGGAACCACUUCGCUCGGAAGUCCAGGUACCUUACAGCCUGGCUUUAACAUCAAGAUUCCUGGCAAACCGAAACGAAAGGGUAACCAUUCGUAUCUUGUGACGCCCGACUUUAUCCUUCAACACUGGGACCCUACCCAUCCCAUGAUUAAAAGAAAAUUAACUUGGUUGCAAAAACCAGAAAUACAGAAAAUUCUUGGACUAGAUAACCGUCGUCUGCAGCCUUUUACACCUGACACUUUGUACUGCACCGCACCGAAUAAAUUUUCACUGACUAUUGAAAAAUGACAUCUAACGACACAUAUACGUUCCCAUCAAAUGUACCAAGUAUUAUCACAAAGUUCAUCUGGUAGGGUAUACCCCCACCCCCCAUCCUUCCCCGUUGUUAAGUUAUAAAUUUCCUCGGUAAUAGUAUCUUGAAAGCAUGCCGCUUGAAAGUCAACUUGCUAUCUACAUGUGAAAGUAUCUUAUUCGCGUUUUUUUCUGCCAAAUCGAAACUUCCUCAGUACAAAUGGGAUUUCUUAUACUAAUAAAUAUUUGUAGCGUUGCUCUAC